CCGAGCGAAGAUCGCCUCUCACUUGUUUUACUUCUCUUCUUCUUUCUUCUCUUCUUCCACCUUCGCCUCUUCUUCCUUCUCCUCCUGUUCCUUCGGUAGUCGGCUGUUCGAAGCAGCGCUUAUAAAUGAGCAGGACAGCUUUGCCGAGCGCAGUUCUCUCUGGAAGCUUUCCUCUGGAUCUGGAGCCAUGCGUUUCGAUCCCAUCUUUCUACUAUGCUUCCUUCUUCUUCCUCUCUUAGCUGCGUCAGUGCCGUUACGCAAGUCGUCACGCCAAUACCUGCCUCCGAUCCCCGGCUACGUGCCGGUCUACAUCCAAGAUGGCGACAUCCCACCCGACGUCAGCUCCCUGGUGCGUCAGGCCGCGUCGGCACGCAAUGACGUCAUCUCGGCGCGCAAUGACGUUCAUCAGGCUGACACCAUCUCAUCAGACUCCAUCUCGUCAGACGCCGACGCCGAUUCUCCGCUCAACGAGAGCGGUCAGGAGAUAGUACAACAACUGACGCAAGGUCCGGCCGCUAGGCUAUUUCUCAACGUGAAUCCACAACACUCCACCAUUAAAAACUAGUUUUUAAAUAAA